AGGGUGCUCGCUAGUCGCUAGGGUGUCUGGACAACAAAACAAAGAUCAGCUGACGCUGUGCGACGCAGUUCUGAGGCUGGCACACAUUUUGGUGCCUAGUCGCUCUGAAUCUCGACAAGAAUGAAGCUGUAACAUAUAUAAACUAACCAUGUCUGGAGAAAGUGGACGUCACUCCCGGCCUGUGGUGGGUCAGCAGGUUCGUCCAGAGCCAGUUGUGGAGAAGACUUUUGUGGAGAAUGUGGCAGGAUUCAUCAAUGAAGUCACUCCACAGACGUACAACAAUCCUUCGCACUAUGAAGGGAAGGAGACGAUUCUGUGGGUUCGCUUUGACUACUGUGAUAUAAAUGACUUGGCUCGAUUCAGAGACAAAAUAGAGGUUAAUGGCAACUCUCCUCCUCUCCUUCUGAUAGUUGGAUAUGCUUGUGGUGUGCAGGCCUGGGUGAUACCUGUCAAUGGUGAGGCUGUGGAAGUGUUGUCAUGGCGGCAGGGAGCAGUGCGCGUCCUGAAGGUACUGCCGACACCUGUUACCUCAGCCAGCAGUGUGGACCAUUACUCCCUUAAGCGGCCCAUAAUUGCCCUCUGUGAUACUGCUGGCCCAGGCCCUCACUUCUGUUCGGUUUCUUUCAUCUCACUAAAGACAGGAGAACAGGUGAAAAUCAUAAAGUUCAAGCAUCCAGUUCAUGAUAUUCAAGCCAAUAAGAAUAUUGUUGUUAUAACCUUCCUGGAGAAGCUGGCAGUGUUUGAUGCAUCCACUCUAGAAGACACCUUUACUGUCACCACUUGCUACCCUAGCCCAGGUCCAAGUGUCAAUCCUAUAGCAUUAGGUGACCGCUGGUUAGCAUAUGCAGACCGCCGCCUCAUUCCGUUGCACCAGUCCUUUGGUGGAAUGGUCUCUGAAGGAACUACAUCCUAUAAAGCCACAGUUAUACAUGCUGCCAAAUCUCUCACAAAGGGUCUGAAGGAGUUGAGUGAGAGUGUUGCUUCCAACCUGAUGGGCCAGCGUGGUGGUUCUCCUGCCCAGCAGUCAGCUCCUUCCAGCCAACCAACGCCUGGCAUUGUUACUGUCAUUGACACACAGAUGGUUGGGUGCGGUGAGCUGAGCUUGACAUCUAGCAACAUCAGUGGCAUCAUAGCUCACUUCUGUGCCCACCAGGCCUCACCCAUUGUAGCACUCAGUUUUGACCCAACGGGCAUGCUACUUCUCACUGCAGAUAAGCAGGGCCACAAUUUCCAUUUAUUUCGUCUGCAGUCUCAUCCUCUGUCCUCUGCACAAUCUGCCAUCCAUCACCUGUACACACUUCAUCGUGGUGACACAACUGCAAAGGUAACUGAUAUAUCUUUCUCCUUGGACUCACGCUGGGUAGCUGUCUCAACACACAGAGGAACAACUCAUGUAUUUCCUAUAACUCCCUAUGGAGGAGUUAUAGGAGUUCGGACACAUACAUCAAGUUGUGUAGUUAAUCGAUUGAGUCGCUUCCAUCGCAGUGCUGGAUUAGAUGACACACCAUCUUCAGGUCGAAAUUCUCCUGUACUUUCUGCAUCACCAAGCUCCUCAAAGUUUUCCUUUGAAGUGAGCCCCAACAUGGCAUACCCAAAUCCCCGAUAUCCACCAUAUCCUACACCAACUAUUGUCAAACCUCUGGUGCAGUUGAGACAGCCUCUGCUGCAAAAUUUGAUUGGAACUAUGAGCACAGGCCCAUCACCUAGCAGAAGUCCACCUACUACAAAAUCACCAAGGUCUCCAAGUGGUGAUGACAUCAUUAAGGUGGCUUCGGUAUUUGGAAGUCCUCGUGGUUGGCUGGCAGGCUCCCCCACUGUGCCUCGAGAGAAGCAGCGCCGCACUAUGGACUCCCUCUUUGUGAUGGCAUAUCAUGGCAACCUUUUAGAAUAUCAGUUGGAACCACAGCCUGUGACUGGCUUACCACAUGACAAGGUUACAGAAGAUUCCCCCAUUGAAUUAGAUGUUCAUGCCAGUGCUCAAUGGGCAUUAGGAAGAGAAUCAACAAGUGGAGAGCUACGUCCUCCCUUAGAUUUAAACUCUCCAUUGCUAGCACCUCUCUCUCCAACACGGCCUCGCUCCCUCUCACCCACCCAUUCCUUGGACCAUGAUGAUCCAGAGGAGAGGUGGAUGGCACAGGUGGAGAUUCAUACCCAUGCAGGCCCACACCGCCGUCUGUGGAUGGGACCUCAGUUUACCUUUAAGUCUAUACCAGGCACUGGAACUGGGAACAGUGGAAGUGGUGGUCAAGGAGGCUAUGAAGGUACCCCUGUUUCAGUCUCCUCUUCAGGCCUUCCUCCUCGCUCAUCACCAGUCAACAUGCCUGGAACAGGAGGAUCUAAUGUCCCUGUGCUUAUAGAAGCUGGGUCCCUGACUGGCAGUCAUGACCAGUCUCCUCGCUUAAUGGAGCGGUACAGUGGUGAUUCAGACAACUUUGACCCAGAGACAAUGAUGACACAACUGCGGCAUGACUUGGCUGAUGCAAUGAUGGACACCCAACAUGCCAGCCGGGGUCGAGAUGCUGGAAGCAAGAACACAGCUCCAUUGUACCGUCGGAUAUGCUCCCUUCAGAGUCUUGGUCCACCGCUGUUAGGUACCAUUGUGCUUGGUGGAGCUGCCAUGGCCUCGCAUGAAGCAGCCAGCCAUGAGUCUACCUUGGAUAUGACUGAUGUGAUGGACAUCAGCUGUGAUCCCCCAGGGCCCUCUCCAGGGCGAUCUGCCUCCUCAACAGCCUCAUCCCGUCCUGCCUCACAUGUUGGGGAAGAGAUUCAGGCUGUUACAUCUCGCCUUUAUCAGGUGCCUGUCACACCCUCUAGUUCAGCCAGAGCCUCUCCUCAUAUACAGAGAAGUCCAAGUCUGGAGGAUACUAGAGCUCUUACUUCUUCUGCUGAAGAAUUGUCCACAACUCUUGGCUCUUGUAUGAGAGCAACAGAACCACCAGAUACUGUCUGGGUUCCUAUUGAGCAGCCCGAAAUGAAAUACAGCAAGUACAAUUCUAGCUUUGUUGAGAUUGAUGUACCAGCACCAUUGCCUGCUAGAAGUUACAGUAGUAGAGAAUCACCUGGAGAGACAUACAUUUCAUGUUCUAGAAAUUACUCAAUUAGCAGUAAUCCUAAGCAGAUGAUAUCAUCAUAUGAAAAGGAAGUACCCUUAUCACAGGAAAGACCAAGAGUGCCAAAUGAUGCCAGUAAUCAAUUUAGAAAAGAGUUUGCAAGUCCAAGUUGUGAUGUUAUGUCUCUGUCAUCUAGAGAUCCCCAUGAGCAGUCUCCAAGACCUGCACCUUACAUUACACAGGAAACCUCCUUUAUAUCAGAGAAGGAACAUGAAUAUAAAGAGGAAGCAGAUCAUUGUAUAACUGAAGGAAACAAACCAUCAUAUGCUUGGAGAAGAUACACUGCAGAAAACACUUUGCCUGAUAUAUCUCAGAGCUUAUCCCAGGAACAGUCCUAUCCACCCCUUGAUAAGUCAUCAGUUUCAGUGAAGGAUAUUAAUGAAGUGUCUUGUAGAAGAGGCGUGAAAGGAUCACCUUCAACAACUGCUUCAGAAGAUGAUCUUUGGUUGGCAACAGAAAGGAAAGAUCAAAAGAAGAAGAAAAAGAAGAGGAGUAAAAUUUUAUCUCAGGAAGAAUGUAACUCAGAUCAAGUUAUGAAAAGUUCUGUUCAAGAAAUUCCAAAAAUGGAUGAUGAUAAAAAGGAACUUGUAGUGCAAGAAGAUAAAUCAGAAAACAAGAAAAACACCUGUGUUACAGAUGCUCCUUUGGAUAUUGAUGCAGAUUAUUUUCAUUCAGCUCAAGAGUACCAUGAACCAUCCAGUGGCACACAGAAACCGGAAAAUUUAUUGAAAGAGUAUGUAGAGCCACAAGUGGAAGAUUUUCAAGAGGCUCAGGAGUCAGUUGUGCAGACCCUGGAAGACUUUGAAUUGCAUGGAGAAGAUGAUGACAGAGAAGUGCCUACCAAGCAAUCAGAGGAGGUCAUGCUCAAAUCCUUACAUGAUGAAAAUGAUUUGGCUCGAGCCUUAGAAGAAGCCUAUUCAUCAGAUGAUAACACUCCCACUCAAAAUAGAACUCAGAUACGCACACGUUCUAGAUCACGCUCAGCCCGGACUUCAGAAAUGUUCCCUUUUAAAGAUGAAACUUCUGAUGAGGAGGAAGAAGUUAGACUCAGACGUCGCCUUGUGGUGUCUGCCACCAUUACUGUAUCAGGCAACCGCUCAUCAGGAAAUGAAGAGACCAGCACUGAUGAUCGUGGGGAAACCAGUGGAGAUGACCGUGCUGAGUCAAGCACAGAGGACAGAAGGACAUGCACAAGUGAAAGUGAUGUGGCUGCCAGUCCCAAUCCUAGAGCAAAUUCAUCCUCCAAGAACAAGAAGAAGAAAAAGAAAAAACGAUAACAUUCAAUACAUAUUUGUGUGUUUGUGUAUUUACACACACACACACACACACACAUAUAUAUAUAUAUAUAUAUAUAUAUAUAUAUAUAUAUAUAUAUAUAUAUAUAUAUAUAUAUAUAUAUAUAUAUAUAUAUAUGUGUGUGUGUGUGUGUGUGUGUGCGUGAUUUUUUUUCAAUAUCAUGUCUUAAUGACUUAUAAUAGUGUGCAAAUAUGCAAUGUGUUAUAAAUAAUAGAAAUAUUUUCAAAUCAAUAUAUUAAGUAACAAGAUUAAAAAUUAUACAUUCAUGUGAAAUAAAAGUAAAUUUACUUUAAGGGAAGUGCAUGAAUUAGCAAGACAUGAAGUAACAGCUAUCAUUCCUAGUAGUAUGGAGGAUUAGGGAUUAAUAGUUAAAUUCUUGGCUAAGGCUUACUGCUGUUUGUGGUAGUGAAUUAGUAAAAUUUACACACACACACACACACACACACACACACACACACACACACACACACACACACACACACACACAAAACUAUUUUUCAUAUGUUGAACUAAAAAAAAAAAAAAAAUGCAUGUAUCAGGUUUUAUCAAACUUCAAGCAGAAUCUAGAAAUAAGACAUUAAUUUACUUUACAUGUUACACCAUCUGGCACGAAUGUGUAUCACUUUGUCAGAGAUCAGAGUAUGAGUUGAUCCUUUAUUCUUGCUACUACUGUUAUACCACUGCAUGUGCAGAAAAGGGAAGGUUAUAUUAAGAAAGUAUCAUUUUUAUACAGCAUUAAUUUAUAUUCAAAGAAUAUAUUAACAUAACAGAUUAUGAGUUUGUACUAGGGGAUGAAGUUGAGUAAUAAAUACUAGGGCUUUGUUAAUGUUGGUCAGUUUAUUAGCACAAUUAUAUGAACAAAGUUGGCUUUACAAAUGUUGGUCUGUUUACCAUCAUAAGAUAUCUACUAAAAAAAAUAUACAUGUAUUGGUUCAUCAUAUUUGCAAUUCAGAAUACUCUUUUGCUAUCCAUUUCCAUAUUGUCAUUGUUUGAAACAUUAUUCCUACUUCAGUUAAACAGCAUGCUCUUCUCAAAGUUUUGUGACAUUUAAUUUUUUAGGUGUUCAUUAAAUAAACAUAUUUUCAAAUAUG